CGUGGAAGACAGCGCGAGAGGCAGCGAGAGGGGGUGUGAGUUAAUUUAGCCACGUAUUGGAGCUGUGUUUUGUAGUUUACCUGCCUGAAUGUUAAAGUAGAUAAAUCCUGCGUUUAUUCCGCUGAACUGGACUCGCUGUUUAGGGUAAAACCCUGCGGUUCGCCCGGAGUAAGCUGCUGUGUUGUGUAGGUUAUCAUUAGUAGCAGCAGCUCGGCUGUGUGUGUGUGUGUGUGUGUGUGUAGACGGUGUACUCGUGUACAGUAGCGCUAGCCCCGGUCUGUAAGAGCUGUUACUCUGAUUUUCAGGCUGUAUGAACCGGUAUGGGGAUGAUUUCAGAUGUUCCGCUUGUUUAAUGGGACCGUUAAGGAUCAGCAGACUGUUAGCUACGCUAGCUAGCUGUUGCUAUUGCUAGCUAGCCUACCUGUCACUUGGCUGCUGCUGCUGCUGCUGCUAGUCUACAGGGCACCAGUGCAGCUAACUCUAGUUUCUCAGCAUGUAAAUGGAGUGAAUGGAGAGGCAGCAUGACCAGCGGUCCCAAAAAACACCAUGAUACAUCCUGAACCUUCCUGGGACCAUCACGUCCCUUUACCAAAGCUUGGACCGCUUUAUUCACGGCUCUUGGUCGCCUUGGUUUCCCUGAUCUGUUUCAUAAACAGCUAUGAUGGGGACUUUGUCUUUGAUGAUUCUGAGGCAAUUCUCAAUAACAAGGAUUUAAACCCAGAUACUCCUCUGAGUAACAUCUGGAAAAAUGACUUCUGGGGAAGCAACCUGAGCAGCAACUCUAGCCACAAAUCCUACAGGCCACUGACUGUUCUCACCUUUAGGCUAAACUACCUCUUGGCUGGAGGACUGUACCCGGUUGGCUUCCACGUGCUGAACAUCGGCCUCCAUUGUGUUAUCUCUGCGUUAAUGAUUGAUGUUUUUGCAAUAUUAAUUGGUGGCCUGGCCUGUGACGGCACAGCUAAAAGACUCGGCCACGUUCCGAAGGCUUCCCUCCUGGCCGCGCUCUUCUUCGCUGCACACCCGGUUCACACAGAAAGUGUGGCUGGUAUUGUGGGCAGGGCAGACCUCUUAUGUGCCCUUUUCUUCCAGCUGUCCUUCCUUUCUUACUGCAGAGCAUUUCAAGAUGGGGACAAGAGUGACAAAUUCUCAGUGUCCUGGAUCGUGGUCAGCCUGCUGCUGUGUGCGGUUGCCAUGUUGUGCAAGGAGCAAGGCAUCACAGUUUUGGGUGUGAAUGGUGUGUUCGAUAUUCUCGUUAUCUGCAAUCUUGAUAUCUAUGAGUUGACUCACAAGCUGCUGGUCCGGAGGAAGACUGCAGAUGUUGGAGUUUGGAUCAGUAGAGGGCUGAUCAUCAGGCUGGCUCUCCUGCUUUUUUGCGGCUCUUUGCUUUUGUAUGCGAGGUGGAGGAUCAUGGGUACAGGGCCGCCAGCCUUCACUGAGGUAGACAAUCCAGCAUCCUUUGCUGAGAACGUUUUUCUUCGGAUUGUGAACUAUAAUUACUACUACUCCUUGAAUGCAUGGCUGCUGCUGUGUCCCUGGUGGCUGUGUUUUGAUUGGUCAAUGGGCUGUGUACCUCUUAUUAAAUCAGCCGGUGACUGGAGAAUUGUCUGGCUGCUGCUGCUCUGGGCCUGCCUGAUUGGCUUGAUAAAGCAAGCUCUCUGCUCCCCAGACAGCAGUAAGAGAAGGACUCUGACGUUCGGCCUGGUGCUGCUGGUCAUCCCCUUCCUUCCAGCCAGUAACCUGUUCUUCCGCGUGGGCUUUGUGAUAGCUGAACGGGUGCUGUACCUCUCCACAGCAGGCUACUGCCUCGUUCUGGCCUAUGCCGGGGCCCAUUGCUGCUGCCGCUGGAGAAAGCACAAGCUGCUGCAGGCGGCCAUGCUGGCUCUGCUGGGCAUGAAUGUGGUGCGAUGUGCCCAUCGCAGUCAACAGUGGACAUCUGAGCAGAGCCUGUUCACCAGUGCCUUGUCUGUCUGCCCGCUCAAUGCCAAGGUUCAUUACAAUGUUGGCAAAAACCUCGCUGACCACGGCAACCAAAGUGCUGCAAUCAAGUACUACAGAGAGGCUGUGAGGUUGCACCCAAAGUAUGUUCAUGCCAUGAAUAAUCUGGGCAACAUAUUAAAAGAGAAGAAUGAGCUGCAGGAGGCAGAAGAGCUGCUCUCGACUGCUGUUCAUAUCCAGCCUGAUUUUGCUGCUGCGUGGAUGAAUCUGGGUAUUGUGCAGAACAGCCUGAAGAAAUUUGACAAGGCAGAGCAAAGCUACUGGAAUGCUAUUAAAUUCAGGAAGAAGUAUCCGGAUUGCUACUACAAUUUGGGCAGACUGUAUGCAGAACUAGAUCGCCAUGUAGAUGCACUAAAUGCUUGGAGGAACGCCACCAUGUUGAAGUCUGACCACAGCCUGGCCUGGAACAACAUGGUUAUCCUGUUGGACAACACUGGCAACCUGGCUCAAGCAGAGUUAAUAGGAAAAGAGGCCUUGAAGAUAUUACCUAAAGACCACACCAUCAUGUUCUCUUUAGCCAACGUGCUGGGAAAACAGCAGAAAUACAAGGAGUCGGAAGGUUUUUUUCUAAAUGCACUGAAGAUCAACCCCAAUGCUGCCAGUUGCCAUGGCAAUCUCGCUGUUCUGUACCACCGCUGGGGGAAGCUGGACUUGGCUAAGAAGCAUUAUGAACUCUCUUUAAAACUAGACCCCAAAGCUCCAGGGACCAAUGAGAACUACAACAUGCUGAAACGCAAGCUUGAGCAGCGGCAGAGGACCGCUGGAUAAUACAGCAUUUUUGAUAUUCCAGACGCGUGCCAUGAAUUCCACCUUUGUAUGAUGUUCACAUUGAGAAAACGUGAUUCAAUUAAAUUGUCUUAAUUUAUACUGUA